CGCACGACGCGCGGAAGAAGCUCUUGCUGCGACCGCCGCCGAGUCGGCCGACGGUUGCGGCGGCGGACGGAGGGCGGUGGUCCCGUGGAGCUGCCAGGGUGGUGGGCGCCUCCGGAGAGCUUCGGGAGGGCAGCCGGGACCCCUGCGGACCAAGAAAGGCCGUUCCUCGCCUCGGCCGGCCGAGCCCCUCCUGCUCCUGCCCUGACAAGAAGCCGAGCGCCGGGACCAUGUCGGCCUACCACAAAAGUUACAACCCCUUCGACGACGACGCGGAGGAUGAGGGCGCCCCGCCGGCUUCGUGGAAGGACGUCCGCGACCUCCCCGACGGGCCCAGCGCGCCUGGGGACCGGCAGCAGUACCUGCGACAGGAGGUGAUGCGGAGGGCCGAGGCCACGGCCGCCAGCACCAACAGGUCCCUGUCGCUCAUGUACGAGUCCGAGAAGGUCGGGGUCGCCACUUCCGAGGAACUCGUCCGUCAGCGAGGAGUCUUAGAACACACAGAGAAGAUGGUGGACAAAAUGGAUCAAGAUUUGAAGAUCAGUCAGAAGCACAUUAACAGCAUUAAGAGUGUGUUUGGGGGACUCGUCAAUUACUUCAAACCUAAACCAGCAGAGAUUACACCUGAACAGAAUGGCACCCUCAUUCCCCAGCCCAACAGCAGAUUGAAAGAAGCUAUAAAUACAAGUAAAGAACAGGAGGCACAGUACCAGGCCAGCCACCCAAACCUCAGGAAGCUGAAUGAUUCAGACUCCAUCCCUGAAGGGGCCAUUUCUGCUGUGAAUACCGAGGCUUACCCGAAGAACCCACACCUUCGAGCCUAUCACCAGAAGAUUGACAACAAUCUAGAUGAGCUGUCCACAGGACUGGGCCGGCUGAAGGACAUAGCCUUGGGGAUGCAGACCGAAAUUGAGGAGCAAGAUGACAUUAUUGGCCGCCUCACAACCAAAGUGGACAAGUUAGAUAUCAAUAUAAAAAGCACAGAAAAAAAAGUUCGACAACUUUAAAGACAAUGAAGGAUUUCUACUCCAUGAUGAUGAAAACAUUUAAAAGAUUUUCUUUCAAGUUUCCAAGAAAUUUCAUAUAUUAUUUUAGUAUGUAAUUUAACAUGUGUUUGCAAAUGUUA